GUUGUUCAAUGGCAGUAUUUUGUUCGUUGACCCGCGAGCGGCUGCGUUGGCGCACGCCCGAAUGCGAACCGCGUUUGUUCUACAUCUACAUCCUAAUUUUCAAAUUGAUCUCUUUUCGGUGCUAUAGUGCAUAAAUAAAUAUUAGGUAUCUGAUUUAUUUUAGUGCGGUCUUUCAUUUAUUUUUAAAUAUAAUCGGCUUUUUCCUGGUACAUACUCGGUUUGCAGCCAAUAUGGUUCCUAAUUUGAACCUGCUGCACGUAAUAUGUUUCGCACUGUUAUUCGGUCUAUGCGUGCGCACGCAUGCCGAAUUAUUUACAGCAAUAGCAGACGUGGAACAUUUACUGGAGACACAUAAAAGGAUAAUAGAUGACCUAGAUUUUUAUAUUGAAAAGGAAGAGAAAAGGCUGUCAACACUGAAGAGGCAUUUGAACCUCUACAGGAAGGAACAUGAGAAGGCGAUGGAAGACAUUCCCAAUUAUUUGGGGAAUCCAAUCAACGCAUUUACUCUUAUAAAAAGACUGACAACAGAUCUUGAUCAUAUCGAAGAUAGUAUUAAGAUAGGAACAGAGUACACAAAGAAUAUAACAAUGAACCAUACGGAUGUGAAGUAUCCGACUUUAGAAGAUUUGGCUGGAGCUGCGCAGGCACUAACUAGACUUCAAGAGACUUACCAUCUCGAUGUGAAAGAUCUGUCAGAAGGAAAACUAAAUGGAGUUAUUUACAGUACUCCUAUGAGUGCAGGCGACUGUUACGAGUUGGGGCGUGCGCUGUACAACGAGAAGGACUAUAAAAACGCACGCGCUUGGAUGCACGAAGCGCUACGAAAGUACAAAGAGGAAAACACUACCUACUCCUUCAAAGAAUCUGAUAUAUUGGAAUACAUCGGCUUCUCUUAUUACUUACUUGGUGACACACGAAACGCUUUGGAGUGGACUCAUAAGCUAUUAGCAGUUGACCCGGCACACCCUCGGGCUAAAGGCAAUAUACCACACUACCAGAAGAGCAUUGCUGAAGAAGAACUUAGACUUAGGAAGGAACGGCGUGGGGAAACCGGUGCCGAGCCGGAACAGGAGAAACCAGCCCCUUCAACGGAAUAUGGACAAAAAGAGAGGAAAGCAUAUGAAGCUCUGUGCCGCGGUGAAGUCGACGUGCCACUCGAGAUCUCUAAAAAAUUAACAUGCCGUUACCUGACCGAGAACCACCCGUUCCUACGUCUGGCGCCCAUCAAGAUGGAAAUGAUGUACCUGAACCCUGAUAUUGUGAUAUUCCAUGAUGUCAUCAGCGAUGGGGAGAUUGAAACUGUUAAACGAAUGGCUAGGCCUAGGUUCAAACGAGCAGUUGUCCACGAUCCGAAGACCGGCGAGUUGGUACCAGCUCACUACCGUAUAAGCAAGUCGGCCUGGCUGCGCGACGGGGAGGCAGAGACCAUCGCUCGUAUUACUAGGCGAGUCUCACAUAUGACCGGCCUUAGCAUGGACUCCGCUGAAGAACUGCAAGUUGUCAAUUAUGGAAUCGGAGGCCAUUAUGAACCUCAUUACGAUUUUGCUAGGAAACGGGAAAAUGCUUUCGCUAAACAAGGAGGCAACAGGAUAGCUACAGUUCUCUUCUAUAUGUCAGACGUGGCGCAAGGCGGUGCCACGGUGUUCACGGAGCUGGGUCUGAGCGUGUUCCCAGUGAAGCGCGCCGCCGCGUUCUGGAUGAACCUGCAUCCCUCCGGCGAAGGAGACUUCGCCACCAGACACGCGGCCUGCCCCGUGCUGCAGGGCUCCAAGUGGGUAUGCAAUAAAUGGCUGCACCAAGGCGGGCAGGAGUUGCUGAAGCCGUGCAACUUGGAGUACCAGAAGGAGGGCAUCAUCCGCCAAAUCCCGCGACCAGUGCCCAAGACAUACAGGUAGAAUUACAAGUCCAUAUUACUGAAUAAGCUGUUCAAACAGAACUGAUUAGUGCAAAUAUAGUAAUCUGAUUAGUGAGCAAUUUGUUUAUUUGAUAACUGUAUACAUUUAGUAUACAUUCCUAAUCAGUCAAAAGUUGUUCUCAAAUAACAAAUACUAUUUAAUCUAUAAUCAUUAGAGAUGUACUGAAAAGGCUUUGGCCGACUGGCCCGCUAAUAGAUGAUAAAAUAGCUGAAUAUUUCCAUAAAAUAUGAUACUAGUUGCUAACGUUCAUUGCAUAUGUGAUCCAACAAGGACGUGCAUGCAUUUUAUUGGAACCCAUUACCGAAAAUUAAAAAAAAUAUUUUGAAAUAAGAAGUGAUUUGGCAACUCAUUCUUUUUUAAAUUUAUUAACAUAGAACUUCAUUUUUACUUUUUAGUUAUCAAAUGUAACACUAUGCCUUUUUAGCAAAUUGAAUUAAAGAUAAGUAGUAAAUAAUUAAGUAUUUAGCGUAUGUAAUAGUGUUGUGUUAAAACUAAUUAAUUAAUCUUGCCCAAUGAUCUAAUGAUAGACGUCUAAUAUCUCAAAUACAUAGAGGCUUCAGUGUUGCCGUUUUUCUGUAAAAUUAAUGUAAUUAUUUAUUACCUAUGUCGUUAUACAAAUAAGGUAACAUAGUUAAAUAGUACAUAUUAAUAUGUAUACAUAUUUAGAUCAAUUUGUUGAGUUAUACUAUAAUAUAUAUUUUUAUUAAAAUGUUAUAGAUUAUACUAUUAUUUUAAGUACAUUCAUAUAUUACGUUUAUAAAACCAGUCAUUUUAUUAAGUACAAUAAGUAACAAAUGAUACAAAUUAAGUUUAAUCUCAACAAAUGCAUUUAUACAAACAUUUAAAACAUAUCUAAUGUAUGACAAUAUUGCUUUAUUAGACGAUUAAUUAAUAAUAUAGAUAUAAUUAAUGCUUAAAAUUAAGUUGGCUGUAAUUA